GUCUCUCUCUCUGUCUCGCCCUGCUCACAGCAGAUGGUUUCUCUCUCUCUCUGAGGAUGUGUCUGUUUCCACGGCAAUGUGACCUCGUGCUGCGUCUUUAAACAGAUAAAAGUUUCAUCCAGGAUUUUUUUGAACAUCAUCUGAAGCCUGAAUACAGCCAGGAUGAUGUUGAACGACAGCUGGACCAUCAUGAACAACAGCAGCUCCGAGCUCGACAGCAAACGGCCAAACAAGAGAUGUUGCAGCUUCCUGUUGUGGUCCGUCCUCGUGUUGGCCAUCAUAACAGCCAUCAGCACAGCAACAGUCACCAUCCUGUACCUGAACCAGUAUCCUCUGCCCUUCAUCAGCAGUUACAGGGGCGGAGUUUCCUCCUCCUCACCUGUGAUCUCGACCAAUCCCAGAGAGUCUGGUGCUCUGGUGUCGGUGUCUCGUGUCACAGACGGAGAGCCAAUCAGCAUCUUCCUGGACCCCAACUGUCCCGACUACAGCGAGAACUUCCUGCGCUGGGAGGCGCUGCAGAGCUCUCUGCUGCGAGCGCUGUCCAAUCACAACGCAGACGACUGGCAGGAGUCAGGGUUGGUCCAGAAGCUGGCUGAGGAGCUCAAGGUGUUAUCAGGCCACACCCACAACCUGAGGCUGGAAGCUGAUUCGCUGAAGAGAGGUCAAAGUGUUCUGGACCAACGACUGGAUGCACUGCAGAGCGAGCAGAGCCACAUCAUACAGGUGUUGUCUGACAGUCACUCAGGUGUGUUGAAGUUGUCUGCAGGUUUCAGUGAUUCUCUGCUCAGCCUGCAGAGGGAGACAGAGAGUCUGAGGAGACUCAACAGUGACCUGCAGAGAGACAACAAGUACAGAGCUGGCAGACCCAGGGACUGUAGUGAUGUCAUGGCGUCCGGCGUCUCUCAGGAUGGCGUUUACUCGGUGUUCCCGGCUCACGACCCCGAUGGCUUCAUGGCGUACUGUGAUAUGACCACUGACGGAGGAGGCUGGACGGUGAUCCAGAGGAGGGAGGACGGCUCUGUGAACUUUUUCCGAGGCUGGUCGGCGUACAGAGAUGGUUUUGGAAAAACUACAGGAGAGCACUGGCUAGGUCUCCAGAGGAUCUACUCUCUCACCAGGUCAGGUGGUUAUGAGUUACGGAUCGACAUGGCCGACUUCGAUAACGCCACAGCGUUUGCUCUUUACGGUGAUUUCUCUGUUGGUCAAGACUCUGUGAACCCAGACGAGGACGGGUACCCACUGAUCGUGGACCAGUACUCCGGGACUGCAGGUGACUCCCUCCUGAAGCACUCUGGCAUGCAGUUCACCACCAAAGACCGGGACCAGGACCAGUCAGAGAACAACUGCGCGACGUUCUACCAGGGGGCGUGGUGGUACCGAAACUGCCACACCUCCAACCUGAACGGGCAGUACCUGAGCGGGGGCCACGCCUCCUACGCCGACGGCGUGGAGUGGUCCAGCUGGACGGGCUGGCAGUACUCGCUCAGGUUCACCGAGAUGAAGAUACGACCUAAAACUAAACCUGAACCCUGACCUUUGACCCCGGACCCCUUCUCUGCAACAGUUUUUGUGUUUUAUAAAAUGAGACAAUUUGUUCUUAAAGAAUCGAGUCAGUUAUGUAUCCUGUUUCCUGUGUUCUGAUCAAUAAGUUUUCAUAUUGAUAAUGUGAAUGUAGAGCUGAUGGUUGAUUAAAGACUUUCUGAAUUAA